UGUGCCUAUCACCAUGGGGAUGCUGGUGCCCACUGCUCUAGCUGCUCGGCUGCUGAGCCUGUUCCAGCAACAGCUGGGGUCCCUCUGGAGUGGCCUGGCCAUCCUGUUCUGCUGGCUGAGGAUAGCAUUGGGGUGGCUAGAUCCUGGAAAGCGACAGCCACAGGUCCAGGUUGAGCCCGAGGAGACCCAGGAGACACAGGAAGAUGGGAACAGUACUCAGUCCACAAUCCCCGUUAGCGUCAACUACCACUUUACUCGUCAGUGCAACUACAAAUGUGGCUUCUGCUUCCACACAGCCAAGACAUCCUUCGUGCUGCCCCUGGAGGAGGCCAAGCGAGGAUUGCUUCUACUCAAACAGGCUGGUAUGGAGAAGAUCAACUUUUCGGGAGGAGAACCCUUCCUACAGGACAGGGGUGAAUACUUGGGCAAGCUUGUGAGAUUCUGCAAGGAGGAGCUGGCCCUGCCCUCUGUGAGCAUUGUGAGCAAUGGCAGCCUGAUCCGGGAGCGAUGGUUCAAGGACUACGGAGACUAUUUGGACAUUCUUGCUAUCUCCUGUGACAGCUUCGAUGAGCAGGUUAAUGUUCUGAUUGGCCGCGGUCAAGGAAAAAAGAACCAUGUGGAAAACCUUCAAAAGCUGAGGAGGUGGUGCAGGGAUUACAAGGUGGCGUUCAAGAUCAAUUCCGUCAUUAAUCGCUUCAACGUAGAUGAAGACAUGAAUGAACACAUCAAGGCUCUGAGCCCCGUGCGCUGGAAGGUUUUUCAGUGCCUCCUAAUCGAGGGUGAGAACUCAGGAGAAGAUGCCCUGAGGGAAGCGGAAAGAUUUCUUAUAAGCAAUGAAGAGUUUGAAGCAUUCUUAGAGCGUCACAAAGAGGUGUCCUGUUUGGUGCCUGAAUCUAACCAGAAGAUGAAAGACUCCUACCUUAUUCUGGAUGAAUAUAUGCGCUUUCUGAACUGUACCGGUGGCCGGAAGGACCCUUCCAGGUCCAUCCUGGAUGUUGGUGUGGAAGAAGCAAUAAAAUUCAGUGGAUUUGAUGAAAAGAUGUUUCUGAAGCGUGGCGGGAAGUAUGUAUGGAGUAAGGCUGACCUGAAGCUGGACUGGUAACGCUGAGACUGGAAGGAGACUCUGACCAGCUACAGGGAAGUUCACGUGCAGCUGUCUUUCACCAUAUUGCACCUUCUGGCUGUCUAUGGACUGGUGUUAGUAAGAAUGCAGUUUUCUUUCAGUUUGACUGAACUAAGGAAGGAGUAAAGCCAUUUUGUGACCACUUAUACAGCAGAUUAUGGUUCUCCACAGGGAUAGAGUUCAGUUCCCAGAGGGACACAGUCUAGUGGUCCCGAAGAACCGAUAUUUAACUUGUAUUUGAAUUUUUACGUGGAUUUUUUUUUUUUACUGUGAAUCUCAUGUUUCCUUUUCUCUUUUUGUUCCCCUUGAGAAACUGGGUUAUUUUCUGCCAACUAUGCCAGUUUUGUCAACAGGAAACAUCACAAAACACACCCUCCGAUUACUCCACAUACUGAUGACUAUUGUAAUGCUUUUGACUUUGGAAUCUUGGAUUUUUUUUCUCAGAAAUGUAGAAUCAAGACAUAUCUCAUAGAGUCAUAAGUGAAAAUCUUACUCUUUUGCAAGGGGCAUAUGGAAAGAGUUACUUCAGAGGACAAGCUGUUCAUGGCCCCAGCAGCAUCAGGGGAUGCUGUCAAGAUGGCUGUUCUAUAUUGCACAAAUUCCUUCAAGGUUCUUGACAAAGCCAAGAUACCCUUUACCUUUCGUGGUGUGGCCACGAGGACAGCACUUCUGCAGCUGUGACUGCCCUGGCAUCGAGGCUGUCUGAGUUUGUCAUGCUACAAGGUGGUCCCACGUUUCUGAAAAGCUCCAAGGGCCGUGUGGCACAUCCAGAAGAGUUGUGGAGGGAUGGGCAGGAAUGUGAAGUGUGGCUGGCUUGGGAUGGACGUGCCUGAGGCUCCAUAGCCUAUUUCUCAAGAAACUCUGAAACAAGACCUAGUCUAGGUCAACAUGAGAACAAAACA